AUGGGAAGCCGGAUCAGAACAGCUAACAACAUCCUUCUGUUUCAUCUGGGAACAAUCGACAUACUCUUAGGAGUUCUCUUUCUCAUUUUUUCAAUACCCGGAAUAAAAGGCACAGAAUGGUCAACUGCUGGAACGCCUUGUGUUUUUCACGGAUUCCUCUUCACGCUCCUCCAUCCCCUUGCUUUGUGGACAAUAUGUGGGCUCAACUGUGACAGAUUCUAUAUUAUUGCUGCUCCACUGCAUUAUAGUCAUAUCGUCAGUCCAAAGAAGGUCUUAGUAGGAUUAGGAGCAGGUUGGGCCAUAUCGCUAUUACUUUGCAUUCCACCACUUUUCGCCAUUGCUCCUUACAGUUACAUCCCCGGAUUAGGAGCUUGUGGUCCCGACUUUUCUAGCGGCCCUGGAACUCUGUGGUAUUCCACCUUAUACACGGCAUUUACACUACUUCUUCCGGCUACAGUCAUCAUAUGCUGCAAUUUGAAGAUUUUCAUGAUAGCCCGUUACCAUAGACAUCGGAUCGCAUCAGCCAUUUACGAGGUCACUCUUUCAGCUCAAGUAACCAUCACCCACCAAAGGAAUCCAUUUUUCGUCCCCACCGUUACGGCGCCAUCUUCAGGUGGUCCGAAAUUUCGCGGACGUAGCGCCAUCUACUCUGUUUUUCAGUUAGUAGGUUCCUUUCUGUUGCUUUACCUACCAUAUUAUAUCAUUAUAUUGUGGGAGGCAACUAUCGGUGCAAUUCACAAUAACAGUCUAAGUAUGAAAAUGACUGAUGGAAAACUGCAUUCAAACUUCUACACGUUAGCUUCUUUUUUACUCAUUUCAACACUGCCAGUUAAUGGGUUUCUAUACGGAAUCAAGAGUAGAGCACUCAGGAAAACAUUCCAAAAUUACUGGAGAAAGAAACAGACGAAGAGUGAAGUCAAUCAAGAGAUUCAAGCGAGAACGCCUUCUACUUGUGGUAGCAGGCGUCCGUCAUUAACUCCCUUGGGAUUUUUCACAAGACCUGCGAUUCAGAGAAGACUUUCGGAAACAAUAAUCGACGUCAAUAAGGCGAUCAGAAGCCCAAGCAAAAAUAACAAGAUCAAAAGGAUAGCAUCUGAAAUCACUUGGAGGCCACCUUCAUCCAACAGUUUAAACCAUUCCCCAAGAGAGGAAUACGAAAAACAGAUGAAGCAGACAACUAGUUGUAAUACUCUUCAGGUUCCCAACAAUGAACAAGACGUUUCAAUGAUAACAGAAGAAGAAAUAUAUUUGAAAUUUAAACUCAAGACUUUACCAGUGAAACCAAGCUCGACCAACAUGCUUUUACAAAAAUUUUUUGGAGUAGAUCAGCGAGAAAAAUACUCAAGAAAAACAGAAAUAUCAAAAAAUGUUUUGGAAAAAACUACGGAAAGGUCUCCGAGGAUACUCAUAACUCGAGCAUUUUCUGAGGAAAGUGAUAAAACUUCACAUCCCAACACACCUAGUCGAGAAAUCUCUAAGACGUAUAGUUCUUCAGCAAGCACACUCAUUGAAAGAAAUUGGCGGUAUCUUAGAUAUAAGGAAGAAGAUCGUGAUAGCGAAAAUAUAAAAUGUGGCAGUUCCACAACGAAACCUUUCCUGGACAGUUUUUCAACAACUCACCAAUCCAGUGAUUCUUCCGACACUUCGGAAACAUUCGGAGGCCGACUAUAUAUGACUUUAGAUCAUAGAGAUGUAGCAGAUGGAGAAAGUGAAGCAGGGGAGGAUCAGUUGCUCUUAUCCUGGAAUACCCAUAAAAAAUAUGGAAAAUCGGAAAAUUUACGAAAAUCGAGACCUAAUUUAAUAAGACAAACAAUGGUCAACGUUCAAUCGCAAGAAGUAGUUCUUUAGUAAUAGUAGGCAUAUAUGGAGAAUUUUUUAGGUUUUGAAUGUACCUAAUGUUAAAUGUGAUAGACUUU